AGCAUAUGAACUAUAUUUAGAACAAAUUAAAGUACACGAAACAAGUUACCCUUUAUCACUUGCUGUAGAUGUUUUACAAGCCUAUCAUCCUGAUUUAUUCUACAACUAUUUUGCUAUCACAUAUUCUCAAAAGACAAACGACACUUACCGUGUUCUAGUUACUGCCACUGAUUAUAACACUGCCAGAGCUGCUGCCAAAGAUAUUGUUUUUAGCUGCUGUCAUAACAACGACCUUUUAGACCCCAAAGAAAUUAUUGCUAAAAGAACUGACUUAAACUUUGAUAUCUCUCUGCCCAGAUCUAUAUAUACUUUGGGCCCUAAACAAUUAGCUGACACUGGUGUUGGUUCUUCUACUAAUACCUAUAUACUAAUCCCCCAACAACUUGAGUUUCCUUCCUCACCUAUCUCGGAAAUUCCAUAUUAUUAUACUAGAGAACCUACUCCUCCUCCACAACAAAAUCGUUUUCUUCGCUUAUUACAACAAACAUUUUCUCCUGCUACCCGCACAACUGCUCCUCCACUUCCUCCUAACUCAAGACCCGCUAACUGGUUAAAGGAAUUUAGAAGAGCUGCUACUGCUAAUAAAUGUAGUGCCACACGAAAGCUUCAACUUGCUCCUGUGUACCUUAAUGAA